AUGUCCGCACAUGGUAAGGUACAGCAGUUAGCGGCAGCCGCCACGCAGCUACUUGAACGCUGCCGGGGAACUUUGCCAAGCACUAGUACUCUGCGCAAGGUGGCUGCGAUUGGCGCCCACGGGAAGUUUUCGAGCAACUGUGAAAGAGAUUUGCAGAGGUUGAUCUUGAAAGCUGGUGCUGCCAUAGAUGUUGACAUCGAACGAAUUCGUGUUCAUCUGUACAAUCCGAAGACUGAAGAAGAGUCGCUGCAAAAUUUGUCCGUGAUUUUUCCUGACAAACUUGCAGCUGCCCUGUACGAGCAGAAUAUUGCACUCUUCGAGAAAGUCUUUUUUGGAGACAAGGUUGAUGCAGAAGACUUUUGGAAUCACUGCCGGAACAAUGCCCCAUGGAUGGAAGGACACCCAGCAGCUGAAAGUGACCGGCCCGACAAACUCAUUCCAAUGUCGCUUUAUGGCGAUGAGGUUCAAAGUUUUCGGAACACCGAAGGCGGUGUUGUAUCAUUAGUGGCUUGGUGCAGUGAUUUCUCUGCUGGCAUGCCGGCAUUGUCGAGGUACUUCACAAUCUGUAUAUUACCGGACCACUAUGCCACUCCACGGACCUUCUUGGACAUUUGGGAGGCGCUUGCCCCUCGUAUCGCUCGCAUGUGCAACAGCCGGAUUGCCCAUCCCUGGUCCAGGACGGGCUAUCAGUUCACAUACUCGUCAACACAAGGGGACCUCAAAUGGUUGUUGGAGAAGUUUGGUUUCCACAACUACAGGAGUAAUCAAUUAUGUUCAUGGUGUUCCUGCUGCAAGAACCAUCCUGACAUCUCCAUGACUGUGGGGGAUUUCAGAGAAGAAGCAGCUCAUCGGCAAACUAGGGUUUCUCACGACCAAUUUUUUGGUCGGCUUGGCAUAGCAGCGGAGGAGUACCACCCUCUGUUUAGAAUUCCGGGCUGCCGCCUCGAGAGAUUUAUGCACGACGUCUGCCAUUCACAACUGCUUGGUACUGGGAAGGUUUGCAACGGCAGCGUCCUAACUUACCUUUGUGAGGUUGGCUAUUUUGACGGAUGGCAGAACAGCCAAUAUCCAGUGGCCAUGGCACGGUGUCUUCGAGCGGCGUAUCUUCGAUUCAAUGAAUGGAAGUCUUCAAGGAAGCUUGGGAUCAGCCAACCUCGAUUUACGCCUGCACGCCUGUCCCGGUCACAGCGAACUUCUUACCCGUCUUUGAGUAGCAAAGCUGUUGCCGGGAAGGCCAUAUCCUUUUGGUUGACAUCAUGUGCCAUAGAGCACGGGAGGAGGGAUGGAGCUACUGAUUUGGAUAGACAUGUGGCAAAUUGCAUGUGGACAUACUCAGAGGUCUUGCGGCUGCUUGAUGAGCUACCAGUCAUUUUGUCAGAGGAGCAGGCCAAUGACUUUUACAAGAAGGGGAUGAACCAUUUGGAAGUAUACGGCUAUUUGAAUACGCUUAGCGCUGCGCAGGCCAACACUCGUGGACGCGGAGUUUUGAAUAAAGCCCUUUGGCUGCAGAUUGAGCUGCAAGCGAGGCUCCGCAUGUUGGACAUCUUCGCCGAGAUGAUCAGGGGAGCCGAAAAAUGA